AUGGCCAAGGACCAGAAAGAGUGGGUUGUGGCGAAAGUGCUUGGGCCAGAUGAACACAGUAAACUUGAAGACAGUGUGAGAGUCCAGUUCAUCCACUUUGAGCCUGCUGGAAUUUUUGGUUGGAUUUUGUCAGGAAAGAAUGCAGUUGAGGAGUUCCUCGCAGAGACGGAGCAGCCUGAAAUAGUUGGACAUCUACAGCAUCGACCAAAAACACGAGGACACGUGCAAAGGACCACUCUCACCGAGUUGCAUAGAGGAGUUCACAAAAUUCCAAACCCCAUUGUCUGCCUAACACCAAAUGACUUGAUCCUCUUCAAGCUCAACAUCCACCAAAGCAAUCGAAGUUUGGGUCACUACCCUGUUUACCAAAAAGACCACCUGUUCAACACAAAUUCAGAGUGGGAUUUUGGAUCCUUCAGGAAGUUGGAUUAUUUUAUCAGAGAAACUAAUGUCAACAUCACCAGAUUUGCACAUGCUUUCAUGGAACCUGGGAAGUUCGUCUUUCAUGAUAAUGCAGAAGCUGAGCGCACACUGAUUGUAUGUGUCAGCAGGUUUAGUGCGGAAUGUGACGCUGCUCUAUCUGUCCAGCCAUCCUCUCCCUUCCAACUGUUGAGACAUGGAAUUCUAAAACGACAAAAUCUCAACCUGACUCCAGACUGGGUCUUCAUUACAGGAACUCUUAGUGUCCUGGCUGUGAUGACUGCAAUGUUCACAGUGGCAGCCCUGAUGUUGAAGCCUGACCAGUCUUCAUUAAAUCCCAUGCAGAAGUGGAAACCAAAAUGGCGCAGUUUGGGGGAACCUUACAUCCCACCUGGAUAUGUCAUAAUGAAAGAUAGCUUGGAUUUCUAUGAAGCUCUUGGACCCCGAGGUGCUGGAGAAGGAUCAGAAACAGAAGAGUCAACCCACAUAAUAGCUAAAAGAGCACAGGAGAUUGAACUGGAGGAUUUUAGUGUCCGCACCUUGUUUGAUAAACUGGAGGACCAGAACCUACACCUUGCUUCUCAGCUGAAUAAACAGAAGAGUGACCUGCAGGCAUUUUAUCGACAUAUCAGCCUUCAGAUGCAGGAGCUAAAGGAUAUGUUAGAAUGUUUAAAUCCUUACGAAUUCCCAAGUAUAGAAGGAAAAUGGGUAACAGUAGACAAGUUGGAAACCACAACCACCACUAAUAAUGAACCUCUGGACACAAUGAAAGGAGGAGGAGACAGGCAGCGACUUGAGGAACUAUUUUGUCAUCUACACACCUUGGUUUGUAAAAUCAACUCUGGACACAUUACUAUUUCUGGAGAAAUAAUUGAAAAGGCACACAAACGAUUUGGAUAUCCAGGUGGUUUGGCUACGUCCACUCAAGAUAAGAUAGAUCCAAAGAGUAUCAUUGUGCAAGUAUCGAUAGAAGUAAUUGCUUGUCCAUUUCAGUGA